CAGAAUGUUGUAUUCUACUACUAUUAAGGAAGUUCUGAUUAGAGUAGGAUGCUCUCUACAAAGACCUUGCCGCUCUUCUGAAUACAACCUGUGCUUUCUCAAACUGGGAGCCCAGUGCGUUAACAACUCCAAGAAGAUGUUUCUUUGAGACAAUUAGGAAAGUAAGAUACAAAUAUUUUUAUCCAAGAGAUCAAUUGCUCUCCCUGGUGGAGAUAGUGUCCGGCUCCCCACCGUAUUGAAGCAUCUCGGAAAUCAGAAGAGCAGUGGAAUGAAGAAAUAGAGGUAGCAAUAGAAAAUGGGGAAGUGCCAGCUGUCGCUUCUGGUGUUGCUGCUGUUUUUGCGGACAAUCCUGGGAGGGAAGCAGUGCCCUUCCCCUGUCUGUGAGUGCUACCAAGAAAGCGACUUCCGUGUUACCUGCAAGGACAUCCAUUUCAUUCCCAGACUCCCUCAGAAUACCCAAACAUUGAAAUUCACAGAGACUCAUCUGAAAACCAUCCCCAGUGAUGCAUUUGCAAAUCUGCCCAACAUUUCCAGGAUCUACUUAUCCAUUGAUGUAACUCUUCAAAGACUGGAGGCCCAUUCAUUCUACAAUUUGAGUAAGAUGACUCAUAUAGAAAUUCGAAAUACUAGGAAUUUAACUUACAUAGAUCCUGAUGCCCUAAAAGACCUGCCUCUCUUAAAAUUCCUUGGGAUUUUUAAUACAGGACUUAAAAUAUUUCCUGACCUGACCAAAAUUGAUUCAGUUGAUGUGUUCUUUAUACUUGAAAUCACAGACAACCCUUUUAUAACUUCAGUUCCUGUGAAUGCUUUCCAAGGGCUCAGCAAUGAGACCUUAACCUUGAAACUCUAUAAUAAUGGUUUUACCAGGGUUCAAGGACAUGCCUUCAAUGGGACAAAGUUGGAUGCUGUUUACUUAAACAAGAACAAAUAUCUGACUGUCAUUGAUGAAGAUGCUUUUUUGGGAGUAUACAGUGGACCUACCCUGCUGGACGUUUCUUACACUAGUGUUACUGCCCUACCAUCUAAGGGUCUGGAGCAUCUGAAAGAACUUAUAACAAGAAAUACUUGGACUCUUAAGAAGCUUCCCUUUUCUUUGAGUUUCCUUCAACUGACACGGGCUGACCUUUCCUACCCAAGUCACUGCUGUGCCUUCAAGAACAGAAAGAAAAACAAAGGAAUCCUUGAGUCACUAAUGUGCAACCAGAGCAGUAUUCAGAGCUUGCGUCAGAAGAAAUCUGUCAAUGCCUUGAAUGGUCCCUUCUACCAAGACUAUUCAGAGGAACAGAACCACACAAAUGAAGUGUAUGAGGGAGACUCUACAGACUUCCACAGCAAUUCCCAUUAUUAUGUCUUCUUUGAAGAACAGGAGGAUGAGAAUAUUGGAUUUGGCCAAGAACUUAAAAACCCUCAAGAGUUGAUUAUACAGGCAUUCGAUAGCCAUUAUGACUAUACUGUGUGUGGAGGCAAUGAGGAUGUGUCAUGCUCCCCAGAGCCAGAUGAAUUCAACCCCUGUGAAGAUAUAAUGGGAUAUAAGUUUCUUAGAAUCAUAGUAUGGUUUGUCAACCUCCUGGCUCUCCUUGGCAAUUUCUUUGUCCUGUUUAUUAUUCUCACCAGCCAUUACAAACUUACUGUCCCACGCUUUCUCAUGUGCAACUUAGCCUUUGCUGACUUCUGUAUGGGGAUUUACUUGCUCCUUAUUGCUUCUGUUGACCUCUAUACCCGCUCUGAGUACUACAACUAUGCCAUUGAUUGGCAGACUGGCUCUGGAUGCAACACAGCUGGAUUUUUCACUGUUUUUGCUAGUGAACUAUCUGUGUACACACUGACAAUCAUCACACUAGAGCGCUGGUAUGCUAUCACUUUUGCCAUGCGCCUGGACAGGAAGAUCCGCCUACGGCAUGCAUUUAUGAUCAUGUUAGGUGGUUGGGUUUGCUGCUUUCUCCUAGCCCUGCUUCCAUUGGUGGGGGUAAGCAGUUAUGUCAAAGUUAGUAUCUGCCUCCCCAUGGAUACAGAGACUCCCCUUGCUCUUACCUACAUCAUUGUAGUCCUGCUGCUGAACAUUAUUGCUUUUAUCAUCAUCUGCAUCUGCUAUGUAAAAAUCUACAUCACUGUCCGAAAUCCCCAGUAUAGUCCAGGUGACAAAGAUACCAAAAUUGCCAAGAGGAUGGCAGUCCUGAUCUUCACUGAUUUCAUGUGCAUGGCCCCAAUUUCCUUCUAUGCUUUGUCAGCUGUUAUGAAUAAGCCCCUCAUCACUAUUAGCAACUCAAAAAUCUUGCUAGUCCUUUUCUACCCUCUUAAUUCAUGUGCCAAUCCAUUCCUUUAUGCAAUCUUCACCAAGGCUUUCCGGAGAGAUAUUUUCAUUCUACUGAGUAAGUUUGGUAUCUGUAAGCACCAGGCUCAAGUCUACCGAGGACAGACAAUCUCUCCAAAAAAUAGCAUUGGUAUUAAUUGCCAGAAAGGUUGUCGAGAAGCAGGGAAAACCCUUGCCAAUGUGCAGGAUGAUUAUGAAUUACUUGAAAACUUUCAUCUGGCCAAAGGCAAGCAGAACCAACUCAACAUAGAUUGUAAACUGACAGUUUUAUAAGCUCUUCCUCAUACUCUAAAACAUCUCAAAAUGGUAAUCUGACUGACAAAAUCCUGAUUUCUUAAUUGAAGGUUUUUAAUUCUGUGCUACAAUUCUUCCUCUUCCUUCUGGUUCCUGCAUUUCUUACAAUGAAUAAAUAAAUAUAUUUUGCACAUGAAAGACUUUAACCUAUUUUCUCCCAAAAACAUAUCAUCCUUAAGAAAACAAAGAAGUAUUACCAUGACUAAGAUUUCAUCUCAAACGUAAGCGAUAGCAAAAUGGUGGAUCUUCUCUGGGAGUUUUCCCAAUUUGUUCUUAAAACAAGACUAAAGACAAAAUUCUUUAAAAGUCAGUAGAGUUGUUGACAGUGGAGAUGCUCUAACUUCUGAUGGCUCCUGUAGUAAUGUGGAAUCUGUAUUUGGACAUUUUCCAAUGAAUUGGUCGAGUUCAAACAGUUUAUUAUAUGCUUCUUUUUAGCUUCGUAGUGCUUAGUUUCUUCAUACUGUCACAAAAAACUAAAGCUACUUUGAACCUAAAGUCAAAAAAUAAGAAUAUGAAGAGAGUAGCUAUGGUAAGCAAUAAAUAACAGUUGAGACGGGUUGUAAAGGAGAUCCUUUUUCAAGAUGCUUUUUUCUGAUCCUAGCUACUCUUCGAAACCACUCACAGUAUUCAUCUCCACAAGGGAUUCAAUCAUUUUGGGUUGCCCAGAAGAAUAUAUAAGCUUGUUUCUAUGAGUAAAAGCCUAACUUCCUAAUGAGUAAAUACCCAGAUACAAAGGAAUGGAAUUGUAGAAACCAUAUCUGGUUAACAACAGCUGUCUGUUAUAGUACUUAUAAAAGCCUAAAUUUGGCCCAUUAAGUAUGAUAUAGUUUUCCUUACAUGUUACUAUGAAAAACCUUUUCAACUUUCUACAAAAUAAAGUUUACUUGAUUUGAUCAACAUCAUCUCUCCUUAACCCUGGCGGCUUGCUUAUUGCUUCUCCUUUCCUUCAAUAUAAGGGAAUAGAAAGUAUUUUCUUUCUGAAAUAGGCUACUUUGGGAGUCAAAAGUCCUGAGUUCUAAGCCUGACUCUAUCAUUCUUAGGCUAUGUGACCUUGGACAAGUCCCUUAAUAAUGUCUGGCCCACAGUUUCUUCAUUUUUAAAAUGAGGUGUUUUAGCCUGGAUGAAUCCUAAAGUCCAUUAUGAUAAGACUCCCACAUACAUUUAUUUCCAUGAGAAACAUACAUGAAGGAAAUGGAGAGGAAAAAGAAAGACUGCCAUAUUUUCUUUAGACCUACUCUCUAUUUCUCAGAGGCUCCUGGGCAGAUGAGGGCAGGUUUCCUCCUAUUCCACCUAGCCAUGGGGUUCUUAAGAUUACUAAAUCAAAUAAGUUAGAUUCUAAUGAUGAAUUGGGCUGAAUCUGAACUGUUAAGUUGGCAUCUACUCUAUGUUCUAUGGUUGUUAAGACAAAAAAGGAAUCCUACAAAACUUUUUGAUAAAAUUAUUGAUACAAUUAAGUAAUGUACAUUGUAAAGGAUAGUGGUGGAUCAGAAUAAUUCCCCACCCAAGAGCACUCAAAGCCUGCUCACCCUACCUCUACCCUCUGUCCAAAUAGAUAAUAUCCUCAAGAAUUAAUAUAUUUGCUAAGCAAAAUUUGGACCAAAUUAAGAAGCUUCCAAAGGUGAGUAAACAAUGCUACUUAAACUCAUGACAUUAAAAAAUCCGCACAUAGUGUUGGCUUUUCCUUGGCACCUGAAAAUCCUUUAUAUAUAUAAAGAGAGAGACUUUAUAUAGAUGUGCUCUUCUUUUUGCCAAGAUUCUACAAUUGCCCAUAUUUUGGGGAUCUUUAUCAACAAAUACUAUCAUUUGUUUGCUAUAUAUAUUCUCUGCUGAAAAAAGACCCCAAACACAGAAGUCAUUUUUUUCUUUAUGCUCAUUAACUCUUAUAUUGUGUCAAAUUAGGGUGCCAAAUGAACCUACUUGCAACUAUCAAAUCUGAUUACAGCUUUCAUAGUACCAGGUUAUUUGAAAAUUUGCACACAUUUUAAUAGAAAAAUGCUAAGUACUCUAUCAUUAGUUACUCCCAAGUUGGCAAGCAAGUAUAUAAAAUUUAUUGAAUUUAUUAUUUUGUUGUAUAUACUUUGUAACAUUUUACAAUGUUUUGUCUUAAUGAAAUAAUAUCUUGAAUAUAUGCUUUUAAAGCACAGACCUAGAAAAUUGACUACAGCUCAAUCUUUGAUAGAAAUGAAUGUGCUACAUAGUUCUCAUGCUUUAAACUUCCUUCUUCUGAAAAGUAUUGCCUUGAGUUGUACAAUCUUCCUCUCUCUAACUCCAGCAUUCUUUUUGUGUCUAAUGUAUGUUUUAUAACUAACAAUCCCAGGAUGAAUGUUCAACUAGGAAGAAGAAUUAAUACCUUUCCCAACAAGGGUCUUUUGUUGGUUUCUAUUAUAAAUGAUAAUCCUUUGCUAGCUAGAGACCCUAUGCUUAACUUAUGUCAUUUUGUGAAAACACUGAUAGCAAGUAAAUUCCAUAUUGUUUUCCUGAAGGUCUGGGAGCUUAUAUCAAGAAGUUAUUAAUUUUGACAAUGGAACUGUAAACAGAAGCCUAAUGAAUAAAUAGUUAUAAAAAGAAACUGUUUUUAUUAAUGAUUCUCAUAAUCACUCAGAUGGAUUCAUUCUCUCUAGUGGUGAAUCAAUAAGUAUUAAGCAUUUAUUAUGGGCCAUUCACUUUAACAUCCGGGUUAUACAAAGACUGACCCUGCUGGCACUCUAUCUGCCUUCAAAGAACACAUUCUAAUAAUGGAAAUAAACAUAUAUGGUAUAUACAGAGUAGAUCCAAAGCAAUCUCAGAAGGUAAGGCAUUAUGAUGGGAGUAGGAUUGCAGGGGCAGGAAAGGCUUCCUGUAGAAGGAAUUUGAGUUGGGUGUUAAAGCUAGCCAGGAGGCAAAGGUGAGGGGAGAGAGGGUAUUCCAGGCCCAUAGAAAGGCAAAAAGACUUAGAGAAGAAGUGUGUGUGCAAAGAAUAGUAAGUAAGUCAUUGUAACUAUAUUGUAAGGUACUUAUUAGGUAUAGACCAACAUCAUUGACCAAGAUCAAAAUGGGUACAUAAUUUAGACAUAAAGGAUGACAUCAUGAGCAAAUCAAACAAGGAAUAGUUUAGCUGUCAGAUCUAUAGAGAAGAGAAAAAUAUAUAAGAAAAUAGAGCACUACUCUCAUAUUAUUCUCCUAAUUAUGUUAAAUUAAAAAGGGUUUGCAU